GCGCUGGGCGUGGGGGAGGGGGCGGGGCGGCGCGCUGCAGGCCAUGGCGUCGGCAGGACUGGCCCGGCUCAACGGGCUCUUCGCCGCCUACAAGCCCCCCGGCAAGCACUGGAAAUACGUCCGGGACACGGUGGAAUUGAAGCUCCUGCAGGGACUCAAUGCCCUGAAGAGGCCAGCACCGCUGCAACAGGUCCGCUUCCUGCUGGGCCCCAAGGAAGGUGGUGAGGAGAAGGAGCUGACCCUCACAGCCACCAGCGUGCCCAUUCUCGCCAAUCACCCCCUUGUGAGAGGGCCGAGCUUCACUGGCCUGAAGAUAGGUGUGGGACAUGUCUUGGAUAUCCAGGCCUCUGGCGUGCUUGUGCUCGGCGUGGGACACGGGAACAAACUGCUCAUGGACUUGCAUCACGCCCACCUGACCAAGGAUUACACAGUGCGUGGCCUUCUGGGGAAGGCGACAGAUGACUUUUCUGACCUGGGCAGGCUGGUGGAGAAGACAACCUAUGAUCACGUGACCCAGGAGAAGCUGGACCGCAUCCUGGCAGUCAUUCAGGGCUCUCAUCAGAAAGCACUGGUGAUGCACUCCAGACUGGAUCUGAAGACCCAAGAGGCCUACGAGUUGGCCGUGAAGGGAUUGAUCCGGCCCAUGGACAAGGCGCCGAUGCUCAUCCUGGGCGUCCGAUGUCUCGAGUUUUCACCUCCUGAAUUCCUGUUAGAGAUCCAGUGCAUGAACGAGACCCAACAGCAGCUCCGCCGGGUGGUUCAUGAGAUCGGGCUGGAGCUAAAGUCGACGGCCGUGUGCACCCAGGUGCGCCGCACCCGAGACGGGGCCUUCACCGUGGACGAUGCCCUCCCGAGGACCCGGUGGGACCUGCGCAGCGUCCAGGACGCCAUCCGGGAGGUCAAGCCCCGCCUGGAGGAGGAGCUGCUGAAGACCUGGGAGGUGGUCCUGGACUCAGAGACGCCGGAAGGACGCACAGCCUCCCCAGUCCUGGGGCUAGAGCCCACGUCAGGCCGGCCUCCCCGUGUCGGCCGUGGAUGCGGGUCGGCGCCCGGGCCGGGAGAAGGUCCCCGGGGCCCCGACGCGGACUGUGGGAGCCCCACUGCUGCGACCGCUCCUUUCUAGAUGGCCACAGAGACCACUGCUGCCGGGGGAGCUCAGGGUCACAUCUGGAGCAGCAUGGCAUAAUGGAUAGAGCACGGGCCUGGGAGUCAGAAGGUCAUGGGUUCUAAU